UCUUGUUCCAUUCUAUUAUUAAGCAACUUACAGAUGACAUUAUAUUACUCAUUCGAACCCUCAUGGUAGUCCAGACCAGCCUCACAUCGCAUUCCACACCAAUUGAUCCAAGGAAAAACAAUCGUUAUGUCUGUAUACGUUAUUACCGGGGUGUCGAAGGGAAUUGGGUUCGAGCUCGUCAAGCAGAUCUCAGAAGACCCGAAGAACCUAGUCAUUGGUCUGGUCCGCGACAAGGCUGCGACCGAGAAGAAGGUGGCGGCAGAGCUGGGCGAUCAUUCCAACAUCCAUAUUCUCCAUGGAGACCUCACCAAUUACUCCAGCCUGAAGCAAGCCGCUGCCGAUACUGCCACGAUUGUUGGCGAACGUGGCAUUGACUACCUGGUUGCCAACGGAGCUUUUCUGCCCCAAUUCGAAGCCUACGGUCCUAUCGGUACAUUGGGCGACAAGGUCGAGGAGCUGGAGGAUGCUUCAUCAAUGAUUUUCCAGACCAAUGUCCUCGGUAACAUCCACCUCUUUAACCUCUUCCUCCCUCUUGUCAUGAAGGGCAAGGUCAAGAAAGUCAUCACAAUGUCCAGCGGUCAUGCUGACCUCGACUUUAUCAAUGAUCUUGGGGUUGAGGUAAGUGCUUUGUACUCUGCCUCCAAGGCGGCCAUGAACGUCAUUGUAGCCAAGUUCAACGCGCAAUACAAGAAAGAUGGUGUUCUCUUCGUGAGUAUUAGCCCGGGACUGGUGGAAGUGGGCCACUUUACGAAUGUCACUCCAGAACAGACCCAGGGCUUGAUGGGAUUCAUGGGCAACCUUUUAGCCUAUGCGCCUGACUUCAAGGGCCCAACUCCUGUAGACGAAGCCGUCCGAGUCAACAGGGCAUUAUGGGAGAAAAUCAGCAUCGACAGUGGGUAUGGUGGUGGGUUUGUCUCGCAUUUGGGAACCAAGCAGUGGCUGUGAACCUAGGGCCCCGAUCCAUUACACCAGAUGCACGUUUCGAUGUAGGCGUACACCACGUGUAUACACGUAUAUUCCAAGAAACUAAGCUGAAUGUCAACAAAUUUAAUUUCAGAUG